CACACUUUACCAGUAUGAUCGAUGCGUUUUCCGCUGGUUUGGAGUUGACGGAACCCGUGUCAAAACUAUAGCAACGGUUAGAUAGAAUUGUGUGAAGUUAUUUUUUUUUUAUUGAAAGUCACUUUCCGCCCUACAAUCAUCGGAUCCUUUCGAAAGUAAUAGUUCGGGGAUCGCUUAUGCACAAUAAUUGCUUCAAAUUACCAACAUGGGCAGCUGCUUGACAUGCUUUCGAACGCCGCCAAACGCCAAUGUUUCUACUGCCACUGGUAUUCCAAUCAAUGUCGGGGGAACGACCCAAGAUACCGCUCUGACAUACACCGAGAUGGACGCAAUUGGACAUGAAACAGACGAUCUCCUACCCGUGAGUGUGGCCGCACAUCAUAUGGACCAUGGAGAAAAACAUACCGGAGGAAGCUUUAAAAAACCCACAGUCGGUGGAAUGCUGAAUGGCAAUAUUUCAUCCGCAGUGCCAGGUAGCGGCACGAUCGUUGGUGUUGGUGGAAUGAUCGGAUCGACAGGUGGUUUAAUGGCGGAAAACAUGAAUAAUAAUGGAAUGGGAAGCAAGGAGCUGUGCGGUGGUAUGAACGGACCGCAAGUAUUGCUCUCCGACAACGAUUUGAACAAAUUGUUCGAAAGCUAUAAGGAUGCACAGGAAGACGCGAUACUGUCGGAAGGGAUCGAGCGACUUUGUGGUGAUCUCGGCUAUAAGCCCGACGAUUUUGCGAUACUCGUACUCGCGUGGUGUUUGGACGCGAGUCAAAUGUGUCAGUUUACGAAAGCCGAAUUCAUCCAGGGCCUACAGCGCAUGAAUGCGGCCAGCAUCGAGGACAUAAGAGCCCGGCUGCAGCAGAUAGUGGAACGAUUGCGAACGGACGGUACCGAAGAUUUCAAGUCACUGUACCGGUUUACGUUUCGGUUUGGGCUCGAGCCCGGUCACCGGAUACUUUCCCUAGACAUGGCUAUAAGUUUGUGGCGGCUCGUGUUUACCGUCCACACGCCAGAUAUUCUGCAGCGCUGGUUGGACUUUCUCGAGCAGCCCCAAAACAUCCGGGGCGUCCCAAAGGACACCUGGAACAUGUUUUUGAAUUUUGUGGAAACCUGUGAUAUCGAAAAUUAUGAUGAUACGGAAGCGUGGCCAAGCCUCUUCGACGAUUUCGUCGAUUACGAACGUGAUCGUACGGGGCAUGAGGCUGCAAAGGUGAAGGACGACAAUGGCGGAGAGCCACCACCACCGGAGCAUUCCGAGUACACCUGCUCAUAGUAUUUUGCUAGGUAACGCACCCUUUACCCACUGUAUUCGUCUCCCCUGUA